AUGCCAACGGUGAAACAGGUGUGCAUUUUAGACCUGUUCUCUCGGGUAUUGGUGAUAAAAGCCGGGAUUCUGUUGAGGAAAUGGCCGGAGAUGUAUGAAGAGUUGGAGGAGGCACUACUGACAGAUGGGUUGGAUGAUACAGGUAGCCCCCUGCUGGUGGAGCUGACAGUGCGCCUAGUGCAGGGCUGUCUCCCAGGCAAGACAGUCAAUGCUACAAACUACCAGAGCUACCUCAGGAAGCUCUUCAAACAUAAAUGUCAGGAGGAUCCGACGAGAGAAAAUUUAUUCAAAGAAGGUGAUCUCAGAUAUCUUCCUUUAAGAAGAAAGGUGGAAAUCCUUCAUGCCAUCUGUGACUUUAGAUUAGAAGCUGAGGAUGUUCUUGAUCUCCUAAAAAAUCUAGAAUCUGAUAGUUUACGGGUGGAGCCACUCGGGUAUGACGACAGCGGCUCUACUUAUUGGUAUUUUUAUGGCACCCGGCUCUACAGAGAAGACCACUCACUCUACCACCCACACAGACGGAAACCAAAGGAUAAAGACAAAGAAAAAGAAGAUAAGAGAAAAAAGAAGCGUAAGAAAAAAGGCCACAAGAAUGAGGAUAGUGAAGAGGAGGUUGAAGAACCAAAGUCAGUGUGGCAGGUUCAGUGUUUCUCAGAGGAGGACUGGAAUAAUCUAGCAGAGAAAUUUGAAAAUUGUGCUUCCAAGUUAGAACGCAGUUUACUGCAGACUCUUCGGGAGGAUUUUCUUCCUGAAAUUCCAAGACUCUUUCAGGAAAAAGAAAAGAUACAGAGGAAACGGAUGAUGGAAUUUGCCCCACGGAGAUCAUCAGGAAGAGUACAGAAACUAAAGGAGAAGAAGGAAGAGGAAGAGAAGAAAUUGGCCAUAGAAAUAGUUGAACAAGAGAAGAGAAGACAGCUGGAAGAAGAGAAGAAGAAGAAGAGAAAAGAAGAGGAGUCUGUUUCAGGAGAGAAGACAGAAAUAAACGACACCUCGGAGGUAGAGGAGGAGGAGGAAGAGGAGGAGGAGGAGGUCGUCGAGGAGGUCAAGGAGCCAAUAAAGAAAGUCAAAGAAGUCCGGGAAAAGAAAGCCAUGGACUACUCUCAGGAAGAAUCCCCGCAGAAGAGAAGAGGGAGAAAACCGGGAAGAAAACCUGGGUCCAAAAAGCGCGUCGCCAAGGAGGAAGUGUCGGAUGAGGAGGAGGAGAGCUCUAAGCCUCAGGUAUAUAGUGGACGGAAAACAAACAAUUCUCUGUCAUCUGUGGCGUUUUCACUCAGUCCAGCAGCAGUUGUGCCUGAACCUAAUGUUACUGCUGUCAACACAGUCACUUCACCACCAACUAAGAAGAAAGUUAAAAGUGCUCAUAUGGUUCUUCAAACAGAGGAUGACCUUCGCACAGGAAUGUAUAAGGUCUUGGAACAUCUGCGAGAUCAUGAGGAUGCCUGGCCCUUCCAUGAUGCUGUAGAGGAGGAGUAUGCCCCUAACUAUUAUGCUGUUAUUAGAAGGCCUAUGCACAUCAGUCGGAUGGAAGAACGUCUCGAUGCUGGGUAUUACACCAACCUUGCCAUGUUUGAAGGUGACUUCAAGCUCAUGAUGGACAAUUGCAAAUUGUAUAAUGGACCAGAGAGUGAAUACACACACAUGGCAUACAAUCUGGAGAAAGUGUUUGCAAAGCUCAAAGCCAAAUAUUUGGAGGCGGAUCUUUCCUCGGAUGAAGAGAUGUACAUAGACAUGAGCUACCAGCAGUCAGCCAAAAGAAAGAAAAGACGAAAUAACAGUGAUGAGAAAGAGAACACGAGAAUAGAUGGUGAGAAACUAUCGCCGAAGAAGAGGGGACGUAAGAAGAAGAAAGUAGGAAGGAAGCCAAAAGAGAAACAUAUUAGUGAUGUAAUUAUCCCACCCAACAAGGAGAGGAAGAAGGGCAAAUUCGGCAGAGAAAAAGACAAAGAAAAGGAGAAGCCCAAGAAGGACAAACCAAAGAUUGAUCAGUAUGAGUUCCGAGAUGACGACGAAGAGGAAGAUGAUGAUGAUGAUGAAGAUUUUGACAUACCUCCACUGCUGGUGAGGGAAGACCCAUAUCCUGAGGAAGAUGAUGAAGAGGAGGAGGAGAUGGAAGACUAUGGAUUAGAGACCAAAAAGCCUAUCCUAAAUCAUCCUCCAGAAGAAAAGGAAGAGGAGGAAGCAGGAGAGGGAGAGGAGGAGGAGGAGGAAGAGGAGGAGGAAGAGGAAGAAGAGGAGGAAGAGGAAGUGGAACAAAAGAUGGUCAUUCCAGCUGUAAAGAAUAAGAUAGGAAGACCAAGAAAAGAAGACAUUAUUAAAAAGACUGUCCAUAAGGAUGCGAUAGGAAUAGAAAAGAAGGAAGAGAUUGAAGGGGAAGAUGUGGAUGAUGAUGAUGAUGAUGAUGAUAUAGAGCCUGAUGUUUGCAUGUAUUACAACAAUGAAGAUUACAGAAGUGAUGAAGAUAAUGACGAAGAAAAGAGUAAUGCGGACUACAUAAGUGAAAAACACAAUGAACUCUUUGGAGAGAUUGAUGACAUUGAGGACGAUGAAGUGGUUGAGGAGGAGGAGGAAGAGGGAGAGGAUGGCGAGGAGGGAGGAGACAAGGCACAAGUGUUAGAGAAAGGGAAACACAACCAUGUAGGGAAGCAGAACAAGAAAAAAGGCGGGAUUGGUAAAGAUAAGGAAAAGAAGAAGCACAAACAUGGGGAGAAGCAUGACAAACACCACCACCACCACCACCAUCACCAUCAUCACCACCAUCACCAUCACAAGAGCAAAACAAAAGAUGGCAAACACCAUAAGAAAAAGAACAAGCAUGCAGGGGAAAAAGAUAGCAAAAAGAUCCUGAAGGUAGAGGAUGUGUAUGACUACUCGGAUGAAGAAGAACGUGAACGAGAACGUGAACGAGAACGGGAACGUGAACGCGAACGGGAACACGAUCGUGAUCUUGAUCCUGAUCUUGAUCUUGAACAGCCAGAAGUGGCUGAGCCGGUGGAAGAGGUGGAGGAGGCCCAGCCUGUUGCCAAGACCAAAGAAGAGACCCCCGGCAAGAAGAAGAAGAAAGUAAAACACAGAGGAAAACAUGAGAAGCAUGGGAAGCAUCAUGAUAAGCAAGAGAAACAUGAGAAGCAUGAGAAGCACAAAGAAGGCAAGGUGAAAGAAGGUAAAAAAGAAGGAAAGAAGAAAAACAGUAAGAAGAAAAAGAUUACGGCUAAAAACAUGGCUGCCAUUAAUGCACUGUCUGAAGCUACUGAACAGACACUAAAGGAUAUAACAACAAUGCUGGAUGACCCAACAGUGCCACGCUUCAGUGAAUACUCUUCAGCCAGCAACUCUCCAUCUCGCAAGGUCACUGCUGAGGAAUUUGAAGCAAUUGCAUACAAAAUCGAAGCAGAGUACCGCAGAAAACUGAUGAUGGAUGAACCGAAAGAGAAGGAGAAGAAAGCACAUAAGAAGAAGAAGAGGAAGAAUGGCAGUGGAGAGGAUGGUGAAGAAGAACCAAAGAAGAAGAAGAUAAAGAAGGAAAAGAAAGCAGAAAGUGAUAAAGAAAGUUUAGACAACACAAAAGAACUUUUCAAAGAUAUAAAAGAUGGAAGAAUAAAGCCUGGAGCCAUUAUUAAGUCUAAAGACAUUGCCAAGAAAGAGGGUGUUGUGAAAAAGGAGACAAAGAAUUCAUCAGAAGGAAAACCAAAAGCGAAGACUAAUCCCUUCGGCAAAAUAAACAAACAAGAAGAUUCAAAACUGACAACCCUCAUCGCCAAAGCCAAAGAGUCACGCAUAGGUCUAGUACCAAAUAGUGAGGUCGGGGACAGCCCAAAGCUCAGUUUAGGCAGUAUUAUUCGCUCAGGUGAUAUCGGCACAGGUAUGAAGUCUUCAAGAGAAGCCAACAGUGCCGAUGAGGAAGAGAAGUGGGAGACGAAGGAGAAAUGGGAUAGUCCGUGGGAGAACAGAUGGGAGAAGAUUCCAGAGAAGGAGGAGGCUCCGUCGGUGCGGGAGGAAGAGGAGAAAGAGGAGAUCCAAGAGGUGGAAGAAUUUCCCGAGAGGAUUAGUGAGGAGCCGCCUCCAACUCCACGUGCACCGGAGAUCAAACAGGAGAGAGCCACCCCCAACUUGAGUGCUUGGUUCAAGGCCUUUGGCACACCUAAGCUGUCCUCAGCAGGCCCCAAGAAGAUGCCCGAAGACCAGGUCGAUAGUCCAAAAGAGCCGGAAGAUACUGAGGUGAUCCACGUUGAUGACAUGUCAGAGGUGGAGGAGAGUGAAGUAGGGUUGCUGGAACGGCCGCCACCUUCGCCACUGCCCCCUCCCAGCCCUGAGCCACCUGUGUCCCCGGAGCCUCCCCUGUCCCCUGAGAAGCCUCCUGAGACCCCCUGGUAUGAAAAGCUGGAUGAGAAGCUAGAGGAUGAGCCA